AUGGGCUACAGAGGACAACGUCGUCACUUGAAGCGCUUGGCCGCGCCAAGCCACUGGAUGUUGGCUAAGUUGGGCGGUACCUUCGCUCCUCGUCCAACCUCUGGACCACACAAGCUCCGCGAGUCGUUGCCAUUGAUCCUGUUCUUGCGUAACCGUCUUCGUUACGCUUUGUCUUACAAUGAAGCUCGUGCUAUCUGCAAGCAACGUCUGAUCAAGAUUGACGGUAAAGUUCGCACUGAAAUGCGCUUCCCAACCGGAUUGAUGGACGUUGUUGAGAUCGAGAAGACCAACGAGGUGUUCCGCAUGUUGUACGACACUUUGGGCCGUUUUACCGUGCACCGCAUCCACAAAUCUGAAGGCCAAUUCAAGCUGUGCAAGGUCACCAAGUCCUUCUUGAGCAAGAACGCCGUCCCAGUGAUCACCACCCACGAUGGCCGCACCAUCCGUUACCCAGACCCCAACAUCAAGGUAAUCUUUUGAUUUUUGUUUUUAAUUUCUAGGUUUAGAUACGUGAAAGGUUGGUUUGAUUCUUUUUGUUUAAAAAACGAAGGGUCUUGUGUUAAAAGCGGUUUUUUGAUAACUUUAUACUUAAAAAAAUUUGUCGCUUUGAGUUAGAUGUUUUAAAACUCGGUGAACUUAUUUUUGACUAAUUUAUAUCGUUUCAGGUCCACGACACCAUCGUCCUCGACAUCAAGACCGGAAAGAUCACCGACUGGGUCAAGUUCGAUGCUGGAAACCUCGUCAUGGUCACCUCAGGUCGUAACAUUGGUCGUGUUGGUAUCCUUGGUCACCGUGAACGCCACCCAGGAUCUUUCGAUAUUGUCCACGUCAAGGACUCGGCUGGCAACGCAUUCACCACUCGGUAAGUUUAUAUUGGUGAAUAGGAUCGUCAUAGAGGGCCGGUGCUGCUGGGUAGCAUAACUUUCCGGUCGAGGUUGGUUUACGUUUUGUGAAACUGUUUUUGGACAGCAAAGGGUCUUAGAACCAAUCAUAAUAUUGUUUUAGACAAUAACGAUUGUUGUGUCAAUAUGACUUGUUUACUGUAGAACUUUGAAGUAUAUUUGAGUAAUUGCUUCCGAUAUUAAUGUAAAAUUUGACUUUUAACUUCAUACGGCUUUUUUCGAAAAAUUUUCUAUUUACAUUAAAACGUAGCAUUGAAUUAAUCAAAUAUUCAGAUACAAGUAUUUACAUAUUUACAGUAAAUAGUGUUAUUUAAAGACGAGAGAGACGUUUUGCUGUCCGCUUUUUUAACUUUGUACGUAAUGUUUACUUUUAGCCUCCAAAACGUGUUCAUCAUUGGAAAGGGUGAGCAAGCUCUGAUCUCCUUGCCCAAGGAGAAGGGUGUCCGCCCAGACCGUCAAGAACACCGUGAACGCCAAAUCGCUCACGCCCGUGCAAGCCACUAA